AUGAUACAUAGAUUGAAAUUGAGAGAUGGCGAUUGGUGCACGGAGAAGAAUAUGCUGAUUGAGGAAGUCCAAAGUUAUUUCCAAUCCUUGUUUACCGUGCAAGGGGAUCCAGGAGAGGUAGUGUUUAAUCAUGAAAACUUUCCCUCUCUUUCCAUCAGUGAUAGGAACACCCUCUCCCUCUCAGUUCUCAAGGAGGAAGUUUACAAAGCGCUUAUGUCCAUGAAGUCUUUUACAGCGCCAGGACCGGAUGGGUUCCAGCCCUUCUUUUUCAAAAAAUAUUGGGAAAUUGUGGGAGAUGAUGUGUAUGGAGUGGUCUGUAAUGCGUUUGAUUCUAGCACAGUGGAUGAGAAGCUAUUGGAAACUCUCAUUGUUCUAAUCCCGAAAGUGGACAAUCCCACGUCAAUUAAAGAGUUUCGCCCAAUAAGCCUUUGUAAUGUUACCUAUAAAUUGAUCACAAAGUUUAUUGUGGCUAGAAUUCGUCCUUUCUUGAACAAGCUUAUUGGUCCCAUGGAAAACAGUUUCAUACCUGGCAGAGGUACCAUGGAUAAUGCAUUCUUGGCCCAGGAAAUAAUUCAUUAUAUGAAUUCAUCUAGAGCAAGAAACGGGAGUUUGGCGUUCAAAAUCGACUUAGAGACGGCAUAUGAUAGUGUCUCUUGGUCUUUCCUUGAAGACAUUCUUCACUGGUUUGGAUUUCCUAAUGGUUUGAUUAAUCUAAUCAUGAGAUGUGUGUCAGCGUCCACCUUGUCCAUAUUAUGGAAUGGCUCUCGGCUUCCUUCCUUUCACCCUGGGCGUGGGCUGCGCCAAGGUGAUCCUAUGUCCCCUUAUCAUUUUGUUCUUUGUAUGGAGAGGCUAUCUGUUAGGAUUGAUCAUUUGGUGAAUAUCAACAAGUCAAAAGCUAUUACCUCCCUUGGAGUGCGACCUGAAGUGUGUGAAGAGAUACGAGCCAUUGCCCCAAUUCCUUUUGUGCGUGAUCUUGGAACCUAUCUCGGUUUUACGUUGAGUAGUGGUAGAGCGUCGAGAAGCAAGUUUAAUUUCCUGCUUGAAAACAUCCAACGUAAACUUGAGUCUUGGAAAACCAACCUCUUAAAUGUUGCUGGGAGAGCUUGUCUAGCGAGAUCAGUCAUUGCAACGAUACCAACUUAUGUCAUGCAGGGCAGAUCAAUUCUAGAGGAAAAGGUGAGACUUAACGCAUCACCAGUUUGGAAAGGGAUCCUCAAGGCGCGUGACAAACUAAAGGGUGGUUAUCGGUUUCGGCUGGGCAAUGGUAACACUUCGGUGUGGUUCAAGGACUGGUCUGGAGAAGGCCCUCUUGCUCUCCAAGUUCCUUUUGUUCACAUUUCUGAUUCGGCUAUGCGCCUGUUGGAUCUCGUGGUGAAUGGAGAAUGGACUCUUCAGCGUUGCAGCACCAUGAUGUCUGAGCAGGUUUUGGCGCUUUUCAACAAGGUGCUGCCAAAGUGUAUUCAAGACGAAGAGGACCGCUGGUGUUGGGAUCCUGGGAACCCAGACUACUACUCAUCGAAGGAGGGCUAUACUUGGCUUAGAGAUACCAAUCAGCCCUCAAUUCCUGCAGCAGAUUGGGGCUGGAUCUGGAAAAUUAAAGUUCCAGAGAAAGUAAAGGUUUUUCUCUGGCUGACUCUACACCAGGCCUUACCGGUAAAUUCAAAUCGUUUCAAAUGCCAUCUGACGCAUUCUGAGAGCUGUUCUAGAUGCUCCUCAGCCAGAGAGGAUUGUUUGCAUUGCUUGCGAGACUGUCCCCAUUCUAGGGAGCUUUGGGCGAAGUUAGGAGCGUGGUCUUGGCCAAACUUUUCUUCCCUGGAGCUGCCAGUUUGGAUUUCUUUCCAAGCUAGAGGUACAAACGCAACUAAAUUCGUGGCUGGCUUAUGGGGUGUUUGGAAGUGGAGAAAUAAUAUGGUGCUUGGCGAUAGUCCUUGGCCCCUCCAUGUUGCUUGGAGUAAUCUGGUUCGGGACCAUGAUGAUUUUCUGCAUGCGUUGCAACCAGAUCUGAUAUGUAUUGGUGCGGGUCUUAGAAAAAAUGUAUGGAGGCCACCUCAGGAGAAUUUUGUCAAGCUUAAUACCGAUGGAAGCUUUCGAGAACCGAAAAAUUGCAUGGGUGGUGGCGGUAUUCUUCGUGAUAAGGCUGGAUGCUGGAUUGCAGGAUUUACGUCACUGGCUCAUGGUGGAGAUCCUUUUGUGGCAGAGGCAUUAGGGUUGAAGGAGGGUCUUCUCAUGGCUUGGAAUUCAGGGCAUAGGAACAUCUCAUGUGACAUUGACUGUGACAAUCUGGUAAUCUUAUUGGAAGAAGGGCACUUGGAGCGUGUGCACCAUCAUCCUCAAGUUGCAAUCCUCAAAGAAAUCAUGCAGCUCAUGGCGCGUAACUGGCGUGUGAGUAUUAGUUGGAUACAUAGAGAUGGUAAUUCUGCUGCAGACUGGCUUUCUAAGCAGGGUUAUAAUCUCUCCUCUCCGAGCACUCAGGCUAUUCACCAGCUGGAGCAGGAGCUGCAACUCAUCCUUCUUAGGGACUCCCUUUUUGUAGCUUAG